AUGCUUUUGUCUAUGGUUGAUUUCAGUUUGUUUACUGCAGUGCGCUUAGGUUGGGAUUUUCUUGUGUUGGCAACUUCGGAAGCAAAUUUAUUCUGCUGGCGAUUAACGAUGGUGAUUUAUUCUCAGAUGCAGCUUGGUCUGGAGUUAGUUAUCACACCAGGAGUGGAUUUAAUCUUUUGGUUAAUCUCCAAUUUAUCCACCACAGUACGCUCGAGUUACACCUUUAUAGUGUGGCAAGCUUCAAAAUUAAGUUCAGCUGUGACGUCCGUCUUUUGGUGGCUCGUCGGUAAUGUUUCAACCUCACUGAAGGGAAUUUCUCGUCUUGGUAGUGUUGCCAAACGUCUUGUAGACUCAGAUUCACCCUCAGACUUUGAACUUAUCUGGAACAACUGGCAGUCUCCCGUUUGUUGCGUGAUUGCACUUACUGGAACUGCGACUUGCCUUAUAGCAAUUGUGGCUUGGUGUCAUGGCAAACUGGCUAAGCUAAGACUUAAAAACCGCCAAUACGUAAGAACAGGUAUGUAGGCAAAUACUAUCCUUGGUUCAGAUGUUUGCUAAAAAACUAUCAAUUAUUAUCGUUUUUGAUAAGAUAUUUUACCUUUCGUAACCAAUCUACUGAGGACUCACUUAUAUCCUGAAGCACCGUCUGCGAUCACUCAAUCGAUUGAUCGGCGAUCAAUCAGGUUUUAAGGCUCUUGGCUUCGCCUCGAAUUUUUUAAGUCUGAUAAUACACUCCUACUCUUUUUUAAACAGUACUUUAAGUUUCCUCCACAGGAAGUAGGAACUGAAUGAAUUUUGGUAUCUCUAGGAAGAUGUACUGAGAACUGUCUAAACUGUCAUUCUGUAUUGUCUGUCUCUCAUUAUCAUUUCCGUAAGAUUAAUAUAUGCGUGAUAACACAGACGAUGUUUUAAGAGUUUGCCAGUUUUACAGCUGUUACACCCACCCAUGCUACAGGGUAAGGGACAGUGUUGCAGCUGUGGUCUUGCAUGUUGUUACACAGUGUUACAUAAUUCAUAGUAAAACAUGAUGUUCUCCCUUGUCUUUUCGAUCGUCCCGAUAAGAUGUUUUUAUCAUCAAAGCAUAGUGCUCCCGUUUUAACUCUAUCAUUGUUAAAGGAUGAUAAAAAAAAUGAAAAAAAUCAGGAAAAUAAAUAAACCACAAUGAGAAUGACGUGUAAUUGUCUACCACUACUAAUAGCAUUUGCCAACUAUUGUCAAUAUAAUUGUUCGGUUAUAAUCAGUAUAGUAUAGCCAAAAUCUCUUUCUAAAAUCAUCCAUUAAGUCUCCUUGCUUGUCAUUGGUUUAUUAAAAAAACCACGUCAAAACCAGCUCCCAAUUGGCUUGAUGCUGUAACUAAGUUGUUAAAGUGCUUUGCCGAUAACACAAGGUCACAAACACGAAUCCCUUUAACCCAACUACUUUUAAAACUUACGUUUUUUCAUUAUUCAUUUGUAUAACUCAGCAGUGCAGUGUUUUGGACGUUUUUCUAUCUCGUUGUUUUAUACCUUAAACCAUGCCACAUUCUCUCAAACCACUUCUCUUAGACAGGCCAGAUGCGCCCAUUUGCCAAGAGUUCAUUCUUGACAAAUGUAAGAAUGGUUCAAGUGUACAGGCCAUCACUGCUCUUUUGCCUUACCAGUGGCAGUACGUCGAUGGACAGGAAUGGAAUAGUUUAAAAGAGCAAGACAACGAAAAGCUGGAACAAAUGUAUUGUGACGUGAAUCUUGAGGAAUUUUCCCCCAAGGUCUUUCGAAGAUUUUAUUUUGGAAAGUAUGUUCUAUUGUUAAAAUGAAAUAAUUAGCACGUCAAGAGCGUGGGACAAGGAAAAAAAUUACCACACAAAUAUUUUUAUGGUCGGACUAAUUUAUCAUCAUCAUUUACCUAGUGAAGUUAAUGAACACUUUUUCAGUCUAAAUCAAAUCAAUGCUAUAUGAGAAACGUGUGCAUAAAAGAGUACGGCCAGAGACCAAAGAUAAAAAAAACCUCAGCGUUAUAAGACACUGUAUGGUGCUCAGUGUCAUAAUUUCACGGGGAAGGUGCUUGAUAGAAAAAAUGUCCAACAAAAUGAGCUUUAAACCAUGGUUUUGCAAAAACGUUGGGGACCAGGAGGCCGUGAUAUUACAAUUUAAAGACAGUAAAGGUUAGGAUUUUUGCGUAGACUGAAUUGAUUUUUCAAUAUCUUAACUUUUUUCGUACCCCCCCCCCCCUCCUCCUCGCCCCUAGUUACUCCCUGGAUGGCACUAUCGAAAGUGAUAAACCCGUUUAAUGUAAAACUGAAUGCCUCUUUUAAAUCUAUUUAUUUCAAUCACUAAUACUCAUUUCAAUAACUACAGAAGGGCAAAUUGAUUGAAAUAACUGCAAACUGCUAACCUAUAUAUAAUUGCUUUUUAGGACCUCGCAACUCUUCAUCAUCUUUAUUUAUUUAGAUAUCAUUUACGUUUUCAUGAUUUUAAUUUUUAUUCAUAUAGGUUUUCCAUGCGUACCAUAACUAAAUGUAAAAUGUUGAUGUUCUUCUGGAAAAUAGGGUACAGAUCACACAAAAAGAUUUUGAAAAGUUCGCGCAAAUGAGACGCCUGUCUACCGAGUCUUAUGUCAACUCAACCAACUCUCUGGCUACUGAGUGGAUAUGGUACUGGAAGCACGAAGACGGAGGAUGGCGGAAGUAUGGACGAGACGAUACGGUGAGAAAAAUGGAAAAAUUUGGGGUCGUGUUUUCAUAUAAUAACUCAACCAUCGAAAUCGAAUCCAUACCCUAGCGUCAACAUUAUAUUAUAAGUACAAAAGGGGGUGACAGGGGGGAAAUCUUCGGGCUGCAAAGAUUAGACGUUUCAUAGGUUGCCUGUGAUGAACCUAGCCUGGGCAGACUCCUUUGUGUGGGUUCGGGGAAAAUUUUUGGCUCCUCGUGGGAUGGUGUUCCGCCGCCAAAAAGUUUUACCGAGCUUGCAAAAGUGAGCCUGCUCGUAGGCUAUGAUGAACCGAUCCUACAAAAGGAUAAGAGUAUCAUGGAAUGUGGCGUUACUUGGGACUAAGGGCGCUCAGUCCAUUCAAGCCUAAAAUCCAGGAAUUUCGGUUUGUUCAUCAAAGGAACAGACUAUUUCGGUUUGGUUCAACCGGAAUAUUCGGGACCAGGUUUAAAGGUGGACCAUUUUGACCGAUCUGGUCAUUUCGGUGAGUCGGACCAAAAUGUUCCUUUCCAUUUGACAAAAUUGUUGUCCACAGUACAGGUUUAUCGUAUCCUGCUGCUUUCGAGAACAAAACCAAACAUGCAGUAGCUUAAUUGAGUCGGUUCUGUGCAACCAGAAUGUACCGUUCCGUUGGGCAUGUGGAUGGAAAUUUUGUUGAAUGGAAAGCGCCCUUAAAACCUAAACGCUAUCUCGGCCCUACUUUGUACCAGUUACUGAAAACGCAUUUGGGGGCCCGUCCAGUGUAGGCAGAGUCGCAGAGUCCCAGUCAAAUUGAUGUUUUGUCUGUAAAUGGUGCUCAGCAAUGUGAAUGUUGACGUCACCAUUCCUCGUCGCUCGUUUGUGUCCGGUCAGUAGCGUGCUAAGGUUUCUGCCGGUUUCACCAAUGUAAGAAGCCUGGCAAUCGCAGCAUUUGAUCUUGUGUACUUUGCUCCCUGUCUGUCCUCCGGUUUGUCUUUUUCCUUGACAUUAGUAAGCAGUCGUUGUAAAGUGGUCGUCGGUUUGUGUGCAACACGUACAUUGUAAGGUUGCAAAAGUAUAGCACGUAUAUUACAUCACGGCUUAACUGACAGACAACCAAUAACAUAGCGACGUAAUUGACCAAUCGGGUCUAUAACCCGAGUAUAACACCAUCAACUCACGUGAUACAACUCACUUUGACGCUGAAGAUGACUACCGCACAGGUUGUCGAAACGUCAGUAACUGUCAACAGCAACAGUCCUAUUCAGGACUACGUUCACCCGCACGAUCAAACUCAACCUACUUUUGAAAUGACUCCUGGGUUCAAACCUUUCACACUGUCUAUGUAUGUAAUAACAUAGGAUAUAACGGGUGCAACUUUUGACAGAAAAGCCAAAAGGACCCUUGACGGGAUUUAAGGCUUCAAACCCGCGAAAAGAAUGGGAAGAGUCACACGCUCGAGAAAAUGACUCGCGUCCUUGACGUUCUCUGCGCGCGGCUGCUUCGCUGCCAAGUAGCACUCCUGCACACUGAUACCACCAGUCUCGCUACGCUAACUACGUCUGAGUCUUUGGAUUAGUUUGCAUGUGCAGUUUAAUGACGUGUUGAAAUUCCAUUCACAGGGAAAAGAUCUCCAAGAACUUCUAGAGAAAGCCUUCUUGGACAAGAAAAAAGACUCCAGGUUCCGCAUUUCAGACCAGAAUUACAUUUUAAGUUUUGACUCAUCGGGUGACAUGAGCCAGAAAAACGUAUUAUACGGUACCGUAAAGAAAGUAAGAAGAAGGCCUGCAAAGUUUGUAUCCAAAGAUGACAUUUCUCAACUUAUAAGGUAUUUGUGUGAUUUUAAUUACUGGAAAGGUGACAAACUAUGGCCAAUGAUAUGUUCAGAGUAUAACAAGACUAAUUCCUGAGUAUAUGAGUGGGGUUUAACGACUAUAGGGACAGUCAAAUGAUGAGAAACAAAACCGAAUGCCGGCAAAACGUACAAAAGUCAGUUUCAUUCACAGGAAAACGACUGAGAAGGCCUGAAAACAACCUUUGUUCAACUUGAUAUUGGACCUCCACUUAUGGUCAAUUGACAGCUGUCUAAAAUGGGUAUCUACUGAGUUCAGUUUACUUCUUGAAAUUACUCCAUAAAGACAUUUCUUCAAAGAUUCCAUGAGAGCUUCGCUUUUGGCCCUGGCUAAAUCUUUACACAGGGUCAGCUCUAUGCAUGAUGGGGAUUUUUUGAGACUGCGGGCCAACAAAUUAUGUGGGGGCGUAAAUUCUAUAACUUUGUUUCCUUUAAAAAGUAUGUCACUGAAAUAAAUACAAGCGACAAUCCUUGAAUUGAUUCCAGGAAUAUCUUGAAUCAAGCGUUUCUGUGGUUACCAGUCACGUGACUCUCGUGGCCAAUUAAAAAAUCAAAACUCCUAAAAGUUUAUUUUUUAACUGAGUAUUUAAUCUGAAACUUUGGUACUUUGCAGAAAUACAGAGCAUAAAAAAUUGAGGAACUUGUCUGAUUUGAAUUCUCAAAUUUCAUUUUUUGACGUCACAAAAUAAGCUUUUUGAUCAUGCGCAGUAUUAAUAAACAAUGACGAAUUUGAAACAAUAACUUAAUAUGAAAACUACAAUAAGAAAAUAUCUAUAGUUCAAGAGAUUUAGGUAACAUUCCUUGGACAUUUUGAAUAGUAGUUUGAAAAAUUUUUGGCCGAUAUUUAGCAGUUUUUUCCGUUCAAGUGAAACCCCUGACGAUAGUUUCACAUAGCACUAUCUACUGCUCAGUAACUUAUAUUAAAACUACUGAUUGUGGCACGGAACAUUUUUGGAAUGUAAGAACAAUGACGUGUAUGCAUUAAUCAUCUUUUUAAUUAGGUCUCAGAACGAAGUACUAGUUAGCAACCAGCAAGGAAAAUAUUCAAGAGGCGGUUGGGAUCCAAUGCCAUCUACGAUGCAAUAUAAACGUGUUCCAUUAUCAGGACGUUCUGGCGAAUUUAAGCAAGUGGAAAAACUCUUCAGAGAGUCAAUAGAGCGGAGGGUGGUAAUCAUUGGCAUUGAACGGGUGCAAAACCCUUUCAUGUGGGAAAAGUACCAAAGGUAGACAAGUGCAUUAACUGUAAGCUGUACUGUAAUAAUAACAAACGUUACUGGCGCUUAUAACAAACCUUAAAAAAACGAAUUAUCUGUGAAGACAGAGAUUAAUUGUGAAGGGGUAAUUGAACUUUGUGUGUAGUAAUACCUGAGAACUGAAGAAACUAUAAUUCCCCGCGAAGCGAGACUCCGCAGGCACCCUCGCAAAGAGAGAUUUAUAAUCGUUGCGGUCCGCGCACUCCGCAGAUCGCCUACAGAUCAUAGCGGCCUGCAAACGCGUGCGGCCCAUUUAUAUUUCUUUGAAUAUUUGUCUUGGUGUCCGCAAUGUAAUGACCUCAUCAAGCGAGAAACAUGGUCGAUAUUGUUUUAACUGUUUUUGCGGCCGUUUUGGCAAUUAAGAAAUGCCUUUGGUGGUGACUUUCGACGGCAAAAGUAUGUACAGAGAACAAUGAAGCAAUUUGGAACAGUCACUUAAAAUAAAUAAGAGCGAAAAUCGAGAUAAAAGAAAACAUUUUUCAGUGCGUCUCACUUCGAAGGCAGACGUAGAUUGAGGGAUAUGUUUGUUUGUCCGAAGUGCGUUUCAGUUCGGCUUUUUAUCGUCAAAACCUUGCUUUUCCUUGAAUGAAAUCUGUACCUUUGAAUUCAUACUUUGUUGUUAACCUUUUUCUGUUUAUAUAGUUUUUUGUUUUGUUUUUUAAUCACGUUUUUCCCUUUAGCUUGUUUCCCUUUAGUCUUAAUGCUGAUGUAUACAGCUUCACGAGGUUUUUGUAAUAACAUAUUUCUAGUUAUAUUUUUAAAACAGAACAUCUUUCUUUUAAGGAUACUCUGUUCUAUUUACAAGGGUUGCUUGAGGCAUUUCACGCCCCCGCCCUUAUCUCUUUCAGUAGAGGGCAACCUCGUUUCCAGGUCUCUGUCCCUGUCCUCUUGGGUACGUAACAGGUAAAUGGGAGUGAAUUUGACGGAGAGAUAGCUCGCUAGCGAGGUUAGCAUUUAGGUCAUCGGCAUGCUUCCUUCGCCCUCCUGGAUUUGAAAUGUGUGGACACGAAAUUAAGGUCUAUUUAAAUUUUUGUAUUUUAUUUAGAAAAAAGGAAAACAUGGCAGCUGCGAAGACUGGUUCCCACCAGGGAAGGUUCGUAAACGAGAGGCAAUUGUUUCAUGGAACCAGCCCUGAAAAUGUGGAAGCUAUUUGUAAACAGAACUUUGACUGGCGUCUUCAUGGGAAGAACGCAACUGCUUACGGACAGGGAAGCUAUUUUGCAUUAAACUCUUCCUACAGCGAUAGUUACGCUAAGGAAGAUUCCAAAGGGUCUAAGUUCAUGUUCGUGGCCAAGGUCCUCGCUGGGUCUUACACUACUGGCCAGUCCAAUUAUCGAAGGCCACCGUCAAAGGAGCCUUCGAACCCAGCAAGUGAUCUGUACGAUUCCUGUGUUGAUGAUAUGUCAUGUCCUACCAUAUUCGUCAUUUUUGAUACUGAUCAGUUCUACCCGGAGUACAUAAUCAAAUACUCCAUAUCUCAAGGCAGCUAUUAGCAGCCUGCAUUAA